AUGAGGGCAGAGGCGAGCAACGAAGGUUUGUCGAAAGCAAUAAUGGAUGUAUUACUGGCGUCAGAAAUAGGCGAUAGCAAGAAGCUUGAACAGCUCUUGGCCGCUCAAAAUCCAGAGGUCAACUAUAGUAACGAUUCCAAGGAAACUCCACUACUUCUUGCCUGUAAAUUCGACCAUUUCAGUUGCUGUUCGCUUCUCCUUGAGGCAGGAGCGAGCGUUGAUCAAAGCGAUAGUGUUGGCAACAGCCCAUUGCAUUUUGCCAGAGAUUAUAACAUAGUCGCACGUUUGCUUGCACUAGGAGCCGAUCCAGCGGCGAAAAAUGUGAAAGGACGAACACCUUUGCACGAAGCUGCUCUUUGGGGAACCACUGAAGUAUUUAAAACUCUUCUUGAAGAGUUUAUAAACAGGAAGCUCACGGUCGACGUCUCCGACGAGCAAGCAUUUACUCCCUUGCACCUUGCCGUGUUUUCUGAGGUCGAAGAAAACAUCUUAGAAAAGAUAAACCUACUCAUUUCGGCAGGAGCUGGAGUAGAUAAACCGGGUCUCCAUGGUUUCACACCUAUAAGGUUGGCUUGUACGAAUUUUAACUUAAAAGCAAGCAGUGUUUUACAUUUACUAAGAUGUGGCGCGAGCCCUCGCGUUAUCGACGACUAUGGAAAUACUUGUUUGCAUGCCAUAUUCAAGAUGAAUCCUUAUUUCUACCCUUCUGAGGAAGAUUCCCUGGAGGUGACAACGAUUCUCGAAGAAUUAGUGAAAUUGGGAUGUGAUGUUAACGUCAAGAACAGAAAUGGCCAAACUGCUGUGCAGUAUGCAGCGUACAGCGCACUUCCAGAGCAGGUGAAGACCCUUCUGGAGUGUGGUGCCGAUCCAUCGAUUGCUGACCAUAUUGGAAGAACACCAUUGCAUAAAAGUAUGUUUAACAGAGACUUAAAAGUUGCUGAGAUUCUCUUGGAGUAUUCAAGGAGCCCUUGCGUGGUUGAUCACCUAGGAAGAAUUCCUCUUCACUAUGCUGCAACUUCUGGCAAGCCUGAAAUUAUCAGUACCAUCAUCCCAGCAAUGUCAUCGCCUCCACAAGGAGUUGAAAAUUUCAUGAACAAGCAAGACAAUUUUGGGAUGACUCCUCUUCAUUAUUUCCUAUUGCAUAAAAGGACUGAAGAGUCAAUUCUAAGUUGUCUUUUGCAACAUGGAGCAGAUAUAAAAAUUGAUCUUCCUUCUGGUGUGACUUGCAUCGAAAUGGCCAGGUACUCCAGGGAUGUUAGCCAGAUCAUUUUCCAGGUAGCCAAUCCAGGAAAGAUUCACCCCUUACCAUUACAUGAAUUCCCUGGCUCCCAAGAGAAUUCCUUUUUAAAGGACUAUCUUCAACCAAUUUGCAUUGUCAGUGAUAGAGACAUUGACCCCGAAACUUUGAGGCCAACUCCAAAUGUCCAAGAGUACCUUGAUCAAAUCUCCUUGUGGACCAUUCCAUCAGAUGAGCAAAUAAACCUUCAGAAUGGCAUAAACUCUUCGAUUGAGAAGUUUGUCAGGCAUCUAUGUGAUGAAAUCGCCAGGAUGGAUCCUAGAUUUGCCUCCAAUGUUCUGCCGAGUGGAAGCACCUAUGAAGGGACAAAACCUGUAACAGAAGCCUCAUUUCUGACAGACUUUGAUUAUAUGAUCUGUUUAGAAAGACUUAGCGAAGAGGUCAUUGUUGAGGAAGUACCAGCCGUCGUAGGACACGUUAGGGUUGCGCACAAGCAACCGACAAACCAGUCCAAAAUUAAGGAAUUUUUCUCUGAAGGCUAUCUUGUCGGAGACAGAGUUUCAAAGGCAUUUUGCGAUCUCAUGGUCCUAGUGAUGAACCAACCUAAAAUCUGGCAAGAUGGUGACAUGGAGUGCCCCUGCAUCCCUACUUUGCAGAGUACCACUGGACGUCCAAAUAUAAAGCUUAGUCUAGUUUGGAAGAAAGAUGUUAUGAAUGCAAGAAGCGUCAGCAUUGAUAUAGUUCCAGCGAUUCAGGUCAAAUCUCUGUGGCCAUCAUUUGCAAGACAAGACAGCUCUAUAUUGACCCCCGAUACUCGGGAAUGUCAUGUUGUACUCAAACAACCCGAUGUUGGAUUGAACAGCACAGAACAUUUCGGGAAUCCCGCUCAUCUUCUAAGAGUGACCUUUUCUGUUGCUGAGCGAGAGAUAUUUCUUAAAAUGCCAGAUGUUGUCAAGAGAAGUUGUGUGGUUGCAAAGGUUCUAUCAAGGAGAACAGCAAAAGUUCCAUUCUCAAUGAUUUAUGGAGGUGAGUACGGUACAGCAAAGAUUUUAACAAAAAAUACUUUCUCCAGUUAUGUUCUCAAGACAGCUUUGUUUCAUGAGCUUGAGGCACUCCAUUUGAACGACAGCAACAACUCUACAAACAAGUUGACUUUAAAAACACUUGUAUGUGGGAUAUUUACAAGACUCUCUCAAGCUGCAGGGGAACGCUUUUUACCUAGUUUCUUCGUACCAAGGCACAACCUAUUCCANGAUCUGUUUAGAAAGACUUAGCGAAGAGGUCAUUGUUGAGGAAGUACCAGCCGUCGUAGGACACGUUAGGGUUGCGCACAAGCAACCGACAAACCAGUCCAAAAUUAAGGAAUUUUUCUCUGAAGGCUAUCUUGUCGGAGACAGAGUUUCAAAGGCAUUUUGCGAUCUCAUGGUCCUAGUGAUGAACCAACCUAAAAUCUGGCAAGAUGGUGACAUGGAGUGCCCCUGCAUCCCUACUUUGCAGAGUACCACUGGACGUCCAAAUAUAAAGCUUAGUCUCGUUUGGAAGAAAGAUGUUAUGAAUGCAAGAAGCGCCAGCAUUGAUAUAGUUCCAGCGAUUCAGGUCAAAUCUCUGUGGCCAUCAUUUGCAAGACAAGACAGCUCUAUAUUGACCCCCGAUACUCGGGAAUGUCAUGUUGUACUCAAACAACCCGAUGUUGGAUUGAACAGCACAGAACAUUUCGGGAAUCCCGCUCAUCUUCUAAGGGUGACCUUUUCUGUUGCUGAGCGAGAGAUAUUUCUUAAAAUGCCAGAUGUUGUCAAGAGAAGUUGUGUGGUUGCAAAGGUUCUAUCAAGGAGAACAGCAAAAGUUCCAUUCUCAAUGAUUUAUGGAGGUGAGUACGGUACAGCAAAGAUUUUAACAAAAAAUACCUUCUCCAGUUAUGUUCUCAAGACAGCUUUGUUUCAUGAGCUUGAGGCACUCCAUUUGAACGACAGCAACAACUCUACAAACAAGUUGACUUUAAAAACACUUGUAUGUGGGACAUUUACGAGACUCUCUCAAGCUGCAGGGGAACGCUUUUUACCUAGUUUCUUCGUACCAAGGCACAACCUAUUCCACACGUACAAGGAAGACAGUUGCACCGAAAAAAUCAGGUACUUGAUAGUACAGCUGUUGAACAUAAGUCUGAAAGAGGGUGGUAGAAAAUUGGCUGUCCAGAGCAAAAGUUUCCCAGAGAAAAGGAACACUGAUAUCAUGGCCAAGAGGCACAGGAAAUGUUCAACCAUCCUGGCAAAGCUUGGUACUGACUGGAUAAACUGAACUUACGCUGUAAUCAACGUAUUUCAGAAAAUGGUUUUCGGAGCCAAAGAAGGAUUCUUGCGGAUUUUCUAAGUAUUAUGACUUUCUAUACGUCGAGAUUUUCUGGCACCAGAAUGACAAUGUGAUCUCUCGAAGUGUUUUUGGUUGUCGAUCAUGUGUUGAUCUCGAGAGCGAUUUGGGCAACUAACACCUUCAGUAGCUUCAAAAAAACAAUGACUAAAGCUACAAAGCAAAGGAUUGUACUAAAAAUUUUGAGGGGCGUACCUGUGCUUAAAUUUCUCCAGAGUUUUGCUUUAGAUUUCCAUAUAUUUGUCUGUAAUUUUUCCCGGGACUUACAUGUAAAGACAAAUGCAUACAAAAUUUGAAAAAGUGGUUCUAGGUCUUCUAGGGCAUGUAACGCCCAAAAUUUUUUUCAGAAGAAUUCUUAGGAGUGAAGCUUAAGUUUACAAUUCAUAUUUUUUUUCAGAACAGCCGUUUUACAGAAAUUAUUCGACAUUAGAUUCUUAUACAAACACUGUAUUUUCGCACGCGGUUGCCUUGUCUGUUAAUGAAAAACCUGUCAAGAAAAUACCACAGGUAAAUAUAACCCAGGCACACUAUUUGUGUCACGUACGGGUUUCAUACAACAUGAGAACAUAUGGUGCGAAGUUUAGGUCUGGAAAUGUGUAGCCUGAGUAUCAGGCCUUCCUAAGGCUCUCCCUUUUUCUCUUCCAUCUUUCCCCUUUUCCCCUGAAACGCCUGAUACUCAGGCUAGGAAAUGUGCUUGGAAAUGGCAAUAAGAAUCGAUGAAACUUACCAUGUGGCGAGUUAUAGUUGUCCUUAAUAUGUACACGAAGUUUCGGGAAAAAUAGUGAUAUACUCAUGUUAUAUGAAACCCGUACGUGACACAAGUAGUGCUCCUGGGUUACCGAGGAAAAUACUUGCCCUUUUCUGCCUUUUGUUGAUGAACGUGCCUGAAGCUGUUGAUACUACGUGAUGCCGAGCCGGGAUGAUCGAAAGGCCUCUGUUCUAAGUUGACAUGAUUUUGGCAAUAAUUCAAAAAGAUAAAAGCUGUUACGAGGAUGUCUUAUUGGGUUAUUGCACAGUGCAGGUUACAUGUACGAGAUUGUUGAAAAUGUUUUUUAUCGCUGCUCUUCUUUCUUGUUGGUAAAAUGAUAAAAGACCAUCUGCACUACGUUUCAAAAAGAAAUAUAUCUUUCAUAAUUGUAUCUAUUGUAGCUAAAUAGGAAUAUGAACGAAAAUUGCAUAGGUCAGCGUAUGGACGUGUAACCCGAUUCACACCCCCUCCUCACGUUACUAAGGUAAUAUCACCUCACUAUGCGGAAGCUAAGGACACAUGAGGAAGAAAAAAAGUUAGCCAUCCACCACUUAGUUGUUAGUUCUUCGACUCCUAAUUAUUUACUUCACGGAGCUUGAUUAGCAAUGGGUGAUACACCUUCAAAAGAGGUAGGUAUUGCAUCAACAACGGUAGAGUGAAGAUAAUCAACGAGCGAAACGAGGCUUAUUGUGCUUUCUUGAAACGCAAAAGUCUCGAAAAGUGCAUGGGCGUAAGUCGACGAUAACAAGCACGUUAAAGCUUGUACGUUAUUUGCAACUAAAAAUUCCUUAAUCACCAAUGUAGCCUGCGUAGCAAGCGUUUCCGCGCGAGUUCGUGGAGAAUAGUUGGGACGAGAGCAGAAAAAAGAAAUGACGGGGAAGCGGGAGGGGAAAGAAGGAAAAAAAAUCAUUCUAAAUCAAAAGAAUGUUAUUAUAUUUCUGGCGGAGAUAGUAGUGCUUUGAAGAGAACUGAUGAUACAUAUACUAAAAGCAUCGUCAUGAAAGACCAUGAAAUCCUUGGACCGGGUCUUUCGAAAGAUAGAUCGCAGAAUCUUGAAGUGGCGCCUUGUGAAUUUUCAUCAACAAUAUUCGAAAGUCGUCGGAAGUCUUCGACUAUAUGUUUGAAAGUCCUCAUUUCUUUUCAAAAAUUCGAAUACUACGCGAUACGAAAGUCCUUCACAGCUAUAUUAUGUCGUUCCUGGUACCCGAAUAAAAUUUAAAAAACGUUAUGUGUCUAUUUAGGAGGAUGAAAGAAAGAGGAGGGAAGAAGAACGAGAAAGAAGGAGGAGGGAAGAAGAGGAAGAAAGUAGGAGGAGGGAAGAAGAAAGAGAAAGAAGGAGGAGGGAAGAAGAAGAAGAAGAAAGAAGGAAGAGGGAAGAAGAAGAGGAUAGAAGAAGGAGGGAACGAGAAGAAGAAAAAGAAAGAAACCGUGGAAUGGAAGGAGGGGGUGACUGGGGACUUGGUGAUUGCGGUGGUGAUUGUGGCGGCUUUUGAAAUCCUCAACUAA